AUGCUUCAUCUAAAUAUCCAAAUGGAUGACAGUCCCGUAUCUUCAACGAGCAAAGAGGAAUUAACAUGGAAGGUUCUUGUUUUGGAUAGACGUUCUACAGCAAUUGUGUCUUCUGUGUUGCGUGUGAAUGAUCUGCUAGACUAUGGUAUCACGAUGCAUGCUUUAAUUGAUCAAAGACGAACGUCUUUGCCUGACGUUAAUGCAGUCUACUUUGUCAGUCCAACUGUGGAAAAUAUUGCUAAGAUUAUUUCUGAUGUAAACAACGAUCAUUAUGCCAAGUUUUACGUGAAUUUCACCUCCAGCUUGGGUAGGUCGUUGCUUGAAGAUUUUGCGAAGAAGGUUGCAGAAACAGGCAAUUCAUACAAGAUUAAGCAGGUUUAUGACCAGUACUUAGAUUUCAUAGUUACAGAACCAAACUUAUUUUCUCUUGACAUGAAAAAUGUUUAUGCCCAAUUUUAUGAUCCAAAAACAGUAGAGGACGAAAUUAGUGGCCGAGUGAACGAGAUAGUUUCUGGCUUAUUUUCUGCUGUUUUGACUAUGGGAUCAGUGCCUAUUAUAAGAUCCAAUCGUGGAGGUCCCGCAGAGCUAAUCGCACAAAAGCUUGAUCAUAGACUACGAGAUCAUUCUAUAAAUACAAAGCAAGCGUUAAGAUCCCCAGGGGUAAACUCUGCCAACAAUUCAAUACGCAAUAACAAGUCUGUUCUUAUACUCUUGGACAGAAAUAUAGAUCUCGCUUCAAUGUUUGCUCACUCUUGGAUUUACCAGUGCAUGGUCAAGGACGUUUUUAAGUUGGAAAGAAACACGAUUCAAAUCGAGACAAAGAGUGACAACGGUGAAACUUCUUUGAAACGGUAUGAUAUAGAUCCUCAUGAUUUUUUCUGGAAUGAAAAUGCCUCACUUCCAUUUCCAGAUGCGGUUGAGCAUGUAGAAGCUGAACUUUCCAAAUAUACAGAAGAGGCAAAAGAAAUAUCUUCUAAAACUGGUUAUUCUUCAAUAAAAGAUAUAAAUCCAAAUGAUGGAUCUGAUACAAAACAUAUUCAAGAGGCUAUAAAGGCGUUACCUGAACUUACAAAAAGAAAAAACAUUAUUGAUAUGCAUAUGUCCGUGCUAACUGAAUUGAUCAAGGAGCUAGAGGCCAAAAACUUAGAUUCAUUCUUUGAGGUAGAGCAAAAUAUCACCGAUCCCAAAGUUCAGACUCAGUUUUUGGAUUUAAUGAAGAAGGACACGAAAGGGGAUAACUCAAAAGAUAAAUUGAGAACAUACAUAAUAAUGUAUUUGAAGUGUGAACUACCGGAGACGUUUUGCAGUGAAUGUGAAGAGAUUCUAAAAGCUUCCGGGUUGGAUCUUAAAGCGUUGGCAUACAUAAAAAGGGUGAAAGAACUUAAUAAAAUGUCAGCCGUUAGUACACUGGAUGCUCAGAAUAUGAAAAAAGGGCAGGGUAGUGCUUUUGGAAAUGGCAGUGCAUUAUUUAGUGGCCUUUCCUCGAAAUUGGUGGGAAUAACUAGUGAAGGCUCUUCCAAAUUAUCCGAGGGAUUGGGGUCUUUAAUAUCUGGAAUUAAGAAAUUGAUGCCGGAGAAGUCAAAUCUUCCAAUUACCAAUAUCGUGGAGGCUAUACUGACUCCACAGCAAGCAAAUCAGGCGUCUCUUGAUAUGACCGAUGAUUACUUAUAUUUUGACCCAAGUUCUACCAGAGGUGCGCAUGCUAAACCCCCAAGAAGAUCGUCAUAUGAUGAAGCAAUGGUAUUUGUUGUAGGCGGGGGUAAUUAUCUUGAAUAUUCAAAUCUGCAGGACUGGUGUAAUGGCCUUAAUUCGUCAUCAGUUGAAGACCAACAGCGAACCAUUAUCUACGGUUCAACGAAAAUUUGCAGUGUCGACGGGUUCUUAGAAGAAUGCUCAUCUCUUGGAGAUAGGAACUGA